CGGUCAAUUUCGUGCUGCGCAACCGUUCCAAUGACAAAUGUCCAAAUCGACAAGAAUUCAGUAACUUAACAGUAAAGUUAUAAUAUACUCUUUACUACAAUUAUUUCAUAAUUUAGGUACCAAAAUAAAAUUGGCCAAUAUGAAUAUUCAGACUUUAGUCUUCAGUGUUGCUUUGAUAAUGUGCAGUUUGAAAUCAGGUUAUUCCCUUGAAUGCUACACGUGCAAUACCACCACACUUUCAAAGCCUACUGAUAAUCCUUGUAAAGGAUUGGAGACUGUAACAAAAUGCCAGGAUCCUGCACAAUGUUUAACUGCAACUUAUUUGUACGAAGAUAUCAGUGCCAAUAUAAAACGAUAUACUACAAUAAAAUCAUGUUAUGCUCUCAUGAAUGGUCAAGAAUGCGACAACUUCCUGAAGAAUUUGAAGACCAUGAGUGCACCAUCAGCUAAAAUUGAAUAUUAUGAGAACAAGUGUACAGUUUGUCAGCAAGGGACAGGAGGGCCCUGUAACAGAUCUUCUGCAGUGUUGAUAAUUCCAUCUACCAGUAUGCUUCUCUUCUUCGUCUCUUAUAUGUUGCAGAAAUUAUUUUAAAUACUCAAAAAGGGUAAUAAAAUAAAAAGGUUAGGUAUUUCAAUUUUUUGUUACUGCAGGGGAAAAUAAAGUUAAGGGUUGCAAGAUU